CCCACCUAUCGCUCUCUUUAACCAUGUCCAGCACAGGUAAGCCUGUUGUAGUAUCUGCUGGGCACCACACAUCUGAUGCAAUCAACAGUGGACGAUCCGCUUUCUCCUCUCCCCGAACCCCCUUUUCCAAAGAAGACCACAUCAGGCUCGUCGCACAGCAGCGUCAAUUCCGGGGUCGAUGCGAGCAUCGGGUCUCGUGUGGCAAGCGACGGCGACAACAGAUCAUCCUCCACGAACAUCUCUCCUCACGACCUACAACCGUUUGCACAUCAGUUUGCAGUCCCACAUCACAAUCAAGGCACACGUGCUCGAAAUCCACCCGCACGAGACUGCAAACUGAUGUGCAAACGGUUGUAUGGCGAGGAAGAGCAGGAUCUCGUCAAGACGCUCCAUACAACGAACCCCACCAUCUGGGUCGCCAUCGCCCCUGACUCCCUGACUGGGGAUCUCGCUCAUGAGUGUGCCACCGCAAUACAGGCGCUCGCCCAGCGCCGACAAAUCAUUGACAUCGACAUCGCUUUUCGCGAAUCGGAAGUCAACUUGCUUGCAGGCCCACCCCUUCUCCCCCCGGCGACCGAUGUAGAUCCUCUGGCGCACGUCAAUGAUGCUCUCUCAACUGCUCUCAGCUUGCCUGUCGCCGGUCUUGGUACGGAUAUGCAGGGUAACCUAGGCGCCUACUUCGUUGUGGGGAAGGAGCUUUAUGCCUUCACCGCACGCCAUGUUCUCUUUAGUCACAACGGACCUAAUUACGAGUAUAGCUAUCCUCCGUAUCCCAAGAAGAAGGUUCUUUUAAUGGGACAACGAGCGUUCAAGGAGUACGCAGCCUUUGUCCGCGAGAAAAUCAACACGAUGGAACUCCUCGUUUUGGCGUGGACAAAACACGUUCAUGCCAUGGAGACGCGGGGCGAUACCAGUGACCGUGGGGUCCAGAAACUCGCGGACAAGCGUCGGCAGUUAGCAGCCUUUCAGGUCGAGCUAGUCGCCCUCAAGCACUUCCUCCAGCACGACAUACCCCGCUGGCGAGAACAGAAGAACCGCGUCAUAGGGCACGUCGUCUGGGCACCGCCGAUGGCACGCGAUCCCGAGUCCGGCUACACCUGCGAUGUCUGCGUCAUCAAAAUCGACAAGCGCAAGUUCAAGAAUCUUAGCGGGAACGUUCUCAGUCUAGGCCGAGAGAUCGCACCCCAGGAGUUCAUCAGGCGCAUGAUAGCCUCCACCUUUGCGUCCUUCAUCUACCCCGAGGACGGGCUCCUUCCUGCGCGGCAUACUACCCAUAGCCGACGUCACCAACUCCCAGAGGACUCCUUGCCGCGUUUCCUGUCCGCCGUACGGCACUACAGUAUCUCAGGCUCUUUCGAUACCGAUGAAGUGGCUAUCCUUCCCGACUCGGCUGCUCUUACCGACCCUGCUGCUCAUUCCGAUCCGUCCUUCUCUCGUGGCGGUGACUCUGGCUCGAUCGUCGUCGAUGAUCUCGGUCACUACGUCGGCAUGCUUACCAGUGGAGUGGGCGCGGCCGACACGAGCGAUAUCACCUACGCCACGCCAAUGGACUGGGUGUGGAAGGUUAUCAAACGACUUCUUCCUGAUGCUAAGCUCGACUUUGAUCCCGCGAGCUUCAUGGUAGCAUAA